GUGUAAAGUUACUCUCCCCUCCAAGACGCAUCUCCACUCUGCUUCCCAGUCCAGGAAGGUCGACAGUCUCGUUAGCGGCCUAGUGCGCAAUUUCCCCACAUGGCCCGGGAGGCAUUCCAUCCUCGGCCAUGUGAGACGCACGCGGAGAGUCAUGAACUCGUUUCGAAGCCACCCAAUCACCGCGCGGCCAUCACUCAUCCUCCGCUCCAUCACCCAUCCUUCGGCCAUGGUAGAAACACCAGCCCAUCGAUGCUACCCCAGUUCCCCCAGCCUGUUCAUCCAUGUCGCCCUGGCCGGCCCUGGCCCAAACUGGGGUUAGCAGCCAACCCGUCGUCCAACCCCCCGUCGUUGACGCCCUUCCCCCGCGCGCCCGAACUAGACCCCCUACGGCUAUCAAAUGGCGUUUCUCUGAGCAUGGCCAAAGUGUGGUCGCCGCUGCUACUGUCCCGUCGAAAUCCCCGUCUCGUGGCCGUCGCCAGAGGCACACUAACGGGAGUCUGGUCAGUGCCCAGCAUGGCAUACGCCCGAGCCAUGUCUCGUUCUCGUUCGCGCCGCCGACUAUCAGAAUGUCUCCCCUUCUCGGCUCCCCGUUCACUCCCCCCCACACUGCCGGCUCGUCCAAAGCAGUUGCCGAAGUUGGGGUCGUUGGAUAAGUAUAAAGCAACCGCCCCGGAUCCCCAUCUUCGCCGUUUUCCUUCCCCUUCCCUACCCCUCACACUCUUCUCUCAUCUUCACCCACAACCCUCUCAAUCCCCUUGGGAAUCUCGCUGCAGUCUGCAAUUCACUUGCUGCUGCCGCCUUGAUCCCUUUGCUGCGUGUGCUUUCAGUAGUACACUGCAAAAAGUCUGCUCCUUUUCGGCAUCCCCGUUGAGAGCAACUGUGUGACGUCCGUCGAGUGGGGACAAUUAGACCGAGAAAACCCCACACCAGCCCGAGUCACAA